AAAGCGGGGCGGGCGGCAGGGCGGCCUGGAGCCGGACGCGGCCGGAGCGUCCCCGAAGACCGGGACAGCAGGUCGUCCGGGGGCCCACCAUGCUGGUGACGGCCUACUUGGUGUUUGUGGGUCUCCUGGCUUCCUGCCUGGGGCUGGAGCUGUCCAGAUGCCGGGCCAAGCCCCCUGGAAGGGCCUGCAGCAAUCCCUCUUUCCUUCAGUUCCAACUGGAUUUUUAUCAGGUCUACUUCCUGGCCCUGGCAGCGGACUGGCUGCAGGCUCCCUACCUCUAUAAACUCUAUCAGCAUUACCACUUCCUGGAGGCUCAGAUCGCCAUCCUCUACGUCUGUGGCCUGGCCUCCACUGUCCUCUUUGGCCUGGUGGCUUCCUCCCUUGUGGACUGGCUGGGCCGGAAGAAAUCCUGUGUCCUCUUCUCCCUCACUUACUCACUCUGCUGCUUGACCAAGCUGUCACAGGACUACUUUGUGUUGCUGGUGGGCCGGGCGCUCGGGGGCCUCUCCACAGCCCUGCUCUUCUCCGCCUUCGAGGCCUGGUAUGUUCACGAGCAUGUGGAGCGCCAUGACUUCCCUGCUGAGUGGAUCCCUACUACCUUUGCCCGCGCAGCCUUCUGGAAUCACGUGCUGGCCGUCAUGGCAGGUGUGGCGGCUGAGGCCGUGGCUGGCUGGAUGGGACUGGGACCUGUGGCACCUUUUGUGGCCGCCAUCCCUCUUCUGGCCCUGGCUGGCUUCUUGGCCCUUCGCAACUGGGGAGAGAAUUACGACCGGCAGCGGGCCUUCUCAAGGACUUGUGCCGGGGGCCUGCGCUGCCUCCUGUCGGACCGCCGUGUGCUGCUGCUGGGCACCAUCCAAGCUUUGUUUGAGAGCGUCAUCUUCAUCUUUAUCUUCCUCUGGACACCUGUGUUGGACCCACACGGGGCCCCACUGGGCAUUAUCUUCUCCAGCUUCAUGGCAGCAAGCCUGCUGGGCUCUUCCCUGUACCGCAUUGCCACUUCCAAGAGAUACCACCUUCAGCCCAUGCACCUGCUCUCCCUUGCUGUGCUCAUCGUUGUCUUCUCUCUCUUCAUGUUGACAUUCUCCACCAGCCCGGGCCAGGAGAGUCCGGUGGAGUCCUUCAUAGCCUUUCUCCUUAUUGAGUUGGCCUGUGGGCUGUACUUUCCCAGCAUGAGCUUCUUACGGAGAAAGGUGAUCCCCGAGACAGAGCAAGCUGGGGUGCUCAACUGGUUCCGGGUCCCCCUGCACUUGCUGGCUUGCCUGGGCCUCCUUGUCCUCCAUGACAGUGACCGCAAGACAGGCACCCGCAACAUGUUCAGCAUCUGCUCUGCUGUCAUGGUGAUGGCCCUGCUGGCCGUCGUAGGACUCUUCACCGUGGUGAGGCACGACGCCGAACUGCGGGUGCCCUCCCCCAGUGGGGAGCCUCACGCUCCUGAGCUCUGAGCCUGUUGGUUCCACCCCCAGGGGCCCGUGAUGAGCUCUGGGGAUGUACCAACCUUGCUGGAAUUUCACUUUGGGAUGCUGUCCUGCAGCCCCUCCUGGCGGUGCUUUGUGUCGGGGAGCACAUGGGGUGGGGGAUGGCAGGGAUGGUGGACUGGGAAAGAGGGUACCUCAAGAUGCCUCUGUGUUAACUCCCUUGCCCCUUCCCACUUGAAAAAUAAACAUUUUUAGCUGACGGUC